AUGUUUUGGCGCCUCACCGAGUCACCAGAAGGACAGGAGCACAGCGGGGCUGGGAGAGCAGGAACGAAGGACAGGAACCCAGCUGGGAGAUCAGCCAUACGAAGAUGCCAGAAUGUUACCUCAGAGUCUGCUGGACAGAACGCAGCACUCGCAGCCGGCGGGAAGCGCGGUGGCACCCAGGCCAGCGGGGUUUCGGCUGAGGCGCAGUGCGACACCAUGGCUGGCCUCCAACCCGUGGGAAGCCGAAGACAAGCUGAGAAGAAAACGUCAGGGAAAGGCUCUGCACACAUCCGGAAAUCAGCGCCAGAAAGCAGCAACAUCGCCUGCUCCACACGGUACCCCGGGCGGCACACGGAAACUGCCAGAUGA